AUGAGCUCGCCCGUUGGUCGCGUCCCCAUAAGGAAAUCGCGUCGCACACCGUCGCCGCGCAGCCGUGCCAAGAAGGCGCAGGACGAGACAGAGACUGCGAAGCAGGAGGAGGCGCAGGACGAGAUAGAGACUGCAAAGCAGGAGGAGGCGCAGGAGAUCCCCGUCGUGACGGACGAGGAGGAAAAGGAGACACAGGUGGAGACGACGGGACAGGCGACACGAGUGGAAGCCAUUGAGGUUGGACAGGCAGCGGAGAAGGAUGCUGCAGCUCCAGAGGAGGAGGAAGAGGAGAUCAUACUGCUGGAUGAUAACGAAGAUGCACAGGAGAACCAGUUGGAAGUCGUUGAGACUGAGCAGGAAGAAGAUAAAGUCGAAGCUCCGGUGGAAAUUGAAGAGGAGGAGAUUAUGCUCCUGGAUGAUGUCGAAGAGGAGGAAGAAGACGAUGAUGAAGAUAUCGACCAAUACGCUUCAAUUGCUGCGUCGGGUUUGAACCUGUCUACAAAGUCUGCAGCCUCUACUUCUGCUGUCUCUGCAAAGCCGUCGGCGGCUUCAGUACUGAAGCGGCGGCUGGUGCCGAACCAGUUGGACAGCGGCGCCUCGCAGUACCAGGAGUUCUUCAACUUUGCAGGCUCGAAGCGCUCGCAGGCAGCGACGUUGCGUGCCGACGCGCGCGCUGCAGAGGAGGCCAAGGUGCUUGCAGCGGGUCAGAAGGCCGUGGCGCACUCGGACAGGCAACGCGCCGAGUCCCAAUACAAAAAGUCGGCUGGACGUCGGUGGUUCAACUUCGAGUCGGAGGAGAUGACGGAUGACGCGCGCCGCGACUUCGCCUUGCUGCGUAUGCGUAACUACCUGGACCCGAAGAAGUUCUACAAGACCUCGGACCAUACACGCGCGCUGCCCAAACACUUCCAGAUGGGUGUGGUGAUCGAGGGCGCGCACGAGUUCCACUCGGCUCGCCUGACCAAGAAACAGCGCCGUAAAACCUUCACGGACGAGAUCAUGGCGGACGAGGCCAUCGUACAGUACACGAACCGCGUGGCCGGCAACAUCCAGAAGGCACGCAGUAACCAGGGCCGUAAGAAGAGACGACGCAACUAG